AUGGCCUCUGCUUUUGGUGUGCACCAAGGAAGAAAAGAGAUCAGUAAUCCAAUUUCUCUGGUCCGAAGAAAAGAAUUUGAAAGACAUAAUGAAUCUGUGCUGAAGGCAACUAAAGAUCUUGAAAAACAAUUCCAGACAGAAAUUUUUGUGAAAAUGCAAGACAUACAUAAAGCUGAGUUACAUAAGUCUUCCGUUGCUUCUCAUGUUCCUGAGGCUAAGAACAUUACAAGGCAAUCAUUAAAACCAGAUGUUACAUCACACACAUUACCACAAUUCAAGAAGACCAUCGCAGCAUUUGGUGAUGGCCUAACUCUUAUUAAAAUGAAGAAGAAUGUAAACAUUCCCAAUGUACACAGCGGGGGUUUGCCACCCUGGAUGCAAGUGUCUGACAACUCAACAGAACAUCAAGUAAUCGGCCCUAGUAUAGUAGACUAUCAGAAACACUUAACCGAUGUCAGGAUGUCUAAGUUGCCAAAAGAACGUGUUGGAGCCAACUUAAGCAAAGAAAUAUCUGUGAAUGCUCAGUGGUUGCCUUCCUUUGGUUGUGUCUGGAACAACCGUCGCAGACUUGAUACAAAGCAUCAAUUCUUGAAAAAGAAGGCAAAUAUGUUUGGUAAAAGACCAAUGAAAACAGGAAAGUCAGCAACAGCAGUAGCAUCAACAGGAGCACCACAAUCCAGAGUGUCUGGCAAAAAAGAUGUCCAUCCAGCCGUAGUUUCUGUGAAACCUUAUAAGAAAAAGAGAUGUGUAACUUAGUUGAAUGGUCAGGCUUAGCACAUUUGCAUUUAAACUGGCCAUACAUAUCCAGUCCAAAUAUAUAUUACUCGUUUUACAUUCAAACUGGCUAAAUCUGGAAUCUCUCACCUACCCUACAGUGGAGUCCUCAAAAUAAACAUCAUUGAGAUCUCAAAGCUACAAGAUAAUGCUUGAUUAAUUCAAAACAAUUUGAAUAAAUAAGCCUUAUACUUGGCAAAAUAAUCUGAAUGUAAAAGGGUUAAAUUAAUAUUCAAAGGCAA